CCGGAUCCGCGAGAACUCCUACCAAAAACCCCUGGCUCCCCAAAAGGCCAAAACCUCCACACUCCAUUGACAUCCACGAAACCCUAGGCGAUCCCGGGUCGACGAUGGCCACCGGCGACAAACCCCCGUCCCUCGACGCAGACGUUGACAUGGGCGACCUAGCUUCCCUCGACGCCUCGGCCGCCACAUCCGCCGCUGCGGCCGGUGCGCCUUCCACCCGCUUCCGUCCCAGGGCCAAGGGCAAGCCCAAGCCGAAGCCCGAACCCCCCAAACCCGUACCGGUGGCCGUGCCCAAGCUGGAGCCGGAGCCGGUGCCGCUGCGGGAGCCCGAUGUCAACCCCGCGGUGCCGCAGGAGGACGCGAUGGAGGUGGACAGGGCGGUGGAGGUGGACGGGACGGGUGACGCUCCUGGACUUGGGGAGGGGGCGGACGAGGAGGACUUCGUGGUGCGCGAGAUUGAUGUGUACUUCAACCCAAAGCCUUUGGACGACGACGCCAAGCUGUACAUUAUGCAAUAUCCCCUGAGGCCAUGUUGGCGCCCGUAUGAGUUAAAUGAGAUAUGUGAAGAGGUUCGUGCAAAGCCAUUGAGUUCAGAAGUUGAAGUUGAUUUGAGUGUCAAUACACAGAGUGAAAAUUAUGACCAAGAGGCACCUUUGAGACUGACAAAACAGACACUAUCAUCAUCCAAGGCAGCUGAUGUUACUGAUUACGCAGUUGGUGUUCUUAAAGGCAACUUGGUUCAUUUAAAUCAUAUUGAUGCAGUGGUGCAAAUGCGACCAUCAAUGUCACAUGUUAUUUAUGGCCGAGCACAUACUAGGCAGGCUUCACAACCCCGUGAAAUGAAUGGUGGUGCUAGUGGAUCAAUGGAUUCAUCUCGUAAGGGAAAUGAGCGCCCCGAAGACUCCAAGGACCAAGCAGAAGAUCCUGAGCCAUGGAUUUCUCUUGCCUACCAACCAGCAGGGAGCAAUAUUGCAACUAAGUACCAUGAUAAGAUGAUAUCAAAUGAGGGUGCACCUAUUGAUUUCACAAUGAGCACCUCUGAUUAUGUAAUGUCCUUGUGUCCUGGAGCCUCGACUAGCAGCAAACAUAUCAACAAAUGCCAAGCAAUAAGGGAAAUGCUUUUGCUACCGCUGGAAGAACGCCUGAAAAAAUGGUUUACUGAGGUUUCAGAAGUAAAUGAAUUUGAUGCUCUGAAGCACCUUGCUCCAACCUAUUCAGCGGAAGAAAUUUUGAAAGUGCUUCCAGAGUAUGCAUAUUUGGUGCGCGGUUUAUGGGUCUGCAAAAGUUCUUUGUUGUUUGAUGAUGGAUAUGCUUUGAAAAGAGAUAGAGUUCUCCUUGAAUUUACAAAAAGGGAGUCCAUCCCUUUAAAUGUUCUAGACGCAUGGAUCAAAGAUAACGACCCUAAGAGGAAGAGGAUACUGUCUCCAUUGUGUAGAAGACGUGUAAUUCUGAAGGACUAUAAAUUUAUAUCGGCAGAUUUGUCCUUUCUAAAACGCUAUCCUCAUGUAGUCAAGGAACAAGAGUGUGCUUGGUCUGCUCGUGAGAUGACUAUCCGUGAGUCCCAAAAAAUGUGCACUACUGCGGCAAGGAAUACCAAGAAUUCAGCCAGACCUAACCUUACUUCUAAAGGGCCUCAUCCAAACAUGAGCAAGGGCAGGGAUGGCCCUUCUCAAGGAAGUGAUGACCUUGUGCUGUCUGUUUUGGGUACUGUUUUCACUGCCAACAAAGUUCGCAGCAUGCAGGCAAUUGUUAGAGACUUGCGCCAGUUGGCUGCAAAAUAUGCUUCCAAUAGAAAGGAUGGAUCCAAACUGCAAGCUCUGUCCAAUGCUGCAAAAUCUUGUGCAUCGCUCCAUCAUGACGAGCUCAACAAAUCAAUUUGCCAAGUUGCUGUUCCUGUUCAUAGUGUAUUUGUUGCAAAGCAUGAGGAUAAGUUUUCUUUACGAAACAUAUUCAUUUUGCUCUUCAAACACAAAGAACCCAAUGCAACAUUGACUAAGCAGGAAAUUCUUGCUGCUGCUGCGAAGUAUAUAAAAAGAGAGAUUACUGACAGAGAGUACCAUCAGGUUGUGACCGAGAUCUGCAUUUCUACUGAACGCUUGCAAUUGAGAAAUGGUGAUGAGCCCUGAGUUCACUAUGGUAUGCCUUGUAAAGGUCCAAGUUGGACUUUAUUUAAAUGAAGAUGGAAGUGAGACCUUACCCGGUGAGGAGAUCGCAAGGAAGAGUGGAGGAGUAAUCAGGACUGGGAAUUGGAGCGCAAAGGGUAGCGAGGCAAUGGCGUUGUGGGGAUCUCGCCGGCGGCAGCCGCUGAACCGUGGGCAGCCACUGUCGAAGGGGAAAUCCACUCGCCUAGGGAGGUUUAUUCCUUCUUUGAUAAAUCCAGAUCACAAUUCCUAAGUGCCCUUUAUAGUCCAGAUGCACUCCCUAAUAAACUGUGAAUGAAUCUCCUAAAAAUUCUCCCUAAUUGCUCUGUUUCCAUAACUGCUGCAGCAGCCUACUGGUCAUUGUGGGAUUCCUGGUCCGGCGCCUAUACUGGCGCCCGACAAAGGAGUCCACAACAUGGAACUGAGAUGUCACCUGACAAGAUCUGGCAAUGCACUCCUAACAAACUGUGAAUGAAUCUCCUAAAAAUUCUCCCUAAUUGCUCUCUUUCCAUAACUGCUGCAGCAGCCUAGCCAGUGGUCAUUGUGGGAUUCCUGGUCCAGCGCCUAUACUGGCGCCCGACAAAGGAGUCCACUGUCCACAACAUGGAAUUGAGAUGUCACCUGAUAAGAUCUGGCAACAUUGAGAAUGUGUUGUCAUUAUGUCACCGUGGUAACAUGACCUGCAUGGAUUACAAAAGCCAAACAUUUACUUGUUUAUUUACCAGCAGGAUUCCUGUUAACUGACAGAAGAUUUUCUGACCUAAAUGUCAGCCCUCGUCAUGUUACCAAUCCUAUUUACAUAUUUUUGGGUGUUACAUAUAUAAUAUAUUGGUCUGCUCAGCUAUAUUGGGUAUUGCAAGUUUGGGUUAGCACUCAGUACAUAACCGGUCAGUCUCAAUUAAUCAUUAAUCAGAGUUUCUGCCACAUUUUGCCCUCGGUCUUAUCAUGGUUACCAAUUCUUUUCAUGGAAACAAGGUUGCUGAAAAAGCUAGGUGGGAUUGUGCCAUUGUGUAUACUUUUGCUGCUAAUUAUUAUCAGUUUGAAACGUACCACUUUUACUUUUGGAAGAAUUGCACUCAAGCUUAAACUUGCAUUUUUUUCAAUUCUGAUUGUUUACUUAUCUGUUGACCGCUCCCCUCCUGGCAAUGGCGUGCCCGAGAAAAUGUUCUCUUUUUUUUUGCUGUACUUUCCAAGGUUGCUGAGCGGAAAUGACAGCAUAUUUUGAGCUCCCUGUGACGUUCAUAUCAGCCCUAAAUUAACUAUGGAACUGUUGUGAGACGUGAAAUAUAAUGUGGGUUAAUUAUAUAAGCCAAAA